UUCGCUGCUGUAGAACAGUCGUCACUUCCGGUUUAGAUUGCUCAUUAGUUCCUGACUAAAUUGAAAAAAGAAAUAUUUUGAAAUAAACAUUACAACAGAGAGUGCAGUGUUAAAGUAACAUUGAUCAUCAUGGAUGAUACUCUUUUCCAGUUGAGAUUUACAAAAAAGCAACUUGAGAGGUUAGCUGCCAAAUCUGAGAAAGAACAAAGAAAAGAAGAAGCCAAAAUUAAGAAGGCAAUAUCCCAGAAAAACUUAGAGGGAGCAAGAAUCUAUGCAGAGAAUGCCAUUAGGAAGAAGAAUGAAGGUCUGAAUUAUCUACGGUUUGCAGCUCGUGUUGAUGGAGUGGCUGCCAGAGUCCAGACUGCUGUAGCAAUGAAAGGAAUCACAAAACAAAUGGAAGGAGUUACAAAGGCAUUAGACAAAGCCAUGUCAGCAAUGGAUUUGGAAAAGGUUGAACAAGUUAUGCAGAAAUUUGAGAGGCAGUUUGAAGACAUUGAUGUUAGGACUUCUACAUUGGAGAAUUCCAUGAGUGCUGCCACCACACUAUCCACUCCUCAGGAUCAGGUGGAGAGUCUAAUGCAACAGAUCGCUGCCGAGAAUGAUCUUGAUAUCACAGACCAGCUUAAGGAGCUCAACCCCACGACGGCCUCCAUACGAGAGGACGGGGAGAGGAAAAAGGAGGACGAUCUAUCCAGAAGGUUACAAGCUCUUCGAAAUUGAUCUUCCUAUACUUUCUACGAUUUUAUAACUAUCACAGUAUACUAAAGAGUUAAUGACAAAGAAAAGAACUGUUAAUUGUGAAAGAUAAUGAUAGCAGUAAGGAGUGCUGAGAGUUAAGAAGGAACCCCAAUUCGAGGAUUACUAAGUACCGGUAGUCUGGUAGCUACAUAAUAUACCCUCUCCAGUUUUCCUUUCUACUGCAAUUUUUUUGUACUUGACUUAAAGUGAAAUUCUUUCAGAUGUAAUGAAUUUCUACAUUUGAUUUACAUCAUGGGCAAGAGAAUCGGAAAGUAGAAUAAAAAAUAUUUUAUUUAAGCAUGUUAAGAUUAGUUGAAAAAUUUAAGAAAAGAAGGAAAAACACAAAAAUAUUUUUAAUGCAUGUAUAUUAUGUGAUCUUUCAUAAUAGAUUUUUUAUGGUUCAGGUAUAUAUAUAACAAAUAAUUUGUACACGUAAGAGCAAACCAAUUAUGCUGAAAGGAAAUUCAAUAGUUUUAAAUUAAACAAUCCACUUCUACAUGUAUAUCUUCAAAUUUUUUGUUGAAAAAUCCUAUUUUGAUUCCCAUUACAUUUUGUAUAAGAUACACACAAAUUCUAUGAACUGUUUGAGUUAGAGACUACCGCAAAGUUUGAGAGAAUGCUGAUUGAGAUUCAUACAGAUGAUCUGGCCUGGGGGCCAUAAAACUUAGACAAGCUCACUUUUGAUCUCAGUCUCACUUUUUUCAAAGGAAUUUAUAAUACCGGGUAGUAGAAAAGUGAGACCAAGAUCAAAAAUGAGCUCGUCUAGGUUUUUAUGGCUCUCGGGCCUGCUCAUACAUGUAUUAAUACAUUGCUUACAAAAUGCCAAGGCAUGGAAUUUAAUUUGCAUUGCCAAAGCCUGAAAACAAAUGUUUAAGAUUUUUUGUUGUUGUUGAAAUAUGUAAUUUGAUUGUUUUAUAAUUUAUACCUGUAUAUAAAAUAAAAUAUUAUAACUGAA